AUGGUCUCCCUGUCUUUAUUCGCCGUCCUUCUCUCCCUCCUCCCUACCAUGUGGGUAACAGCUCAAAGGGCUAGCGUCAAUGUGCAAUUUCAACUAACCGAAGAAUGUCCUGAAGGCACUCUAGUCGGUUGCCUGAGUGAAGAUGUUAGUCUACAUGCGCCUCAGUAUCUAGUUAAUAAGCCCAAUGGAGAUUCCUAUCAGUUAUUGACAGCCACACAGCUGUUUGAACUAGAUAGCACGUCAGGAACCAUUACAACCAGUGGCCGCAUCGACCGCGAGGAGAUUUGCCCGCCCAUACAGAACAGCCAUCAGGCGUCCACUGGUGAGUCUGCGGCGGCGCCCUGCUCCAUAGACCUACAAGUGCUUCGGCUGGAGAGCCAGACAGCAAGUGGAGCGUAUGAACCUCAGGUCAUCCUUGUAAAAAUUUUCAUACUAGACAUCAAUGACAACGCCCCUACAUGGCAGGAGGAUUCAGUCAACAUCACUAUUCCAGAGCACACAGCACCAGGAGCCCGGUUCCUUUUACCACUGGCAUUGGAUGCCGACUGUGGCCCGGAAAAUACUACUUCCAGAUAUUUCCUGUUUUCUUCCAACAUACCUGAUGGAGAUUAUGGAGGUAGUCAUGUUCAUAGUUCUGACAUUAGUCGGUACUUUAAGCUGGAUACCGAGGUUGUGGAACAAAAAGAUCCUCAACACUUUGUUCUGGAUAGAUGGAAUAACGGUUGGAAUCUGCAGGCCUGUACAGGACCCACGUUUCGUCUUUGGCUGCAGAUAAUCGGUGAAGCUGAUUAUGAGACUCCGGGACAGCUUAGCUUGAUUCAACAAAAGCAGCCUCUUUCCAAAAAUGACGACAAAGUCAACGUGCCUCCGCGGACUUUUGUACUCAAACUAGCAGCUGUUGAUGGCAGUCGUUUUGUACCAAAGACAGGAAGUGUCACCAUUCAUGUUAGUGUGAAGGACAUAAAUGAUCAUGCACCUUACUUUCUGCCCCCAGAAGACUCUUCCGUCGAUGGAGUGUACGUAAAAAUUAAGAUGGAUGGAACACUUCGACGAAAUUCUGCGACAAUUGAAGUUCAGGAGAACGCACCUUAUGGCCAGGCAUUGUACACUCCUCAUGUUGUUGAGCCCGAUAUAAGUGAUAGGGAAAGCCUGAUCUUUUCCUUUGACAGUACAACAACACCAGCCGCCAAAGCUGUGUUUGGAAUCCGAGAGAAAGAUGGAACCAUCUUCCUCAAACAAUCACCGGACUACGAGACGCAGACUUUUUACAUUCUUCCCAUUGUUGUUAGUGAUGGGAAGUAUGUUGAUAACCAAGAGCUGCGAGUUCAAAUACUCAAUCUCAAUGACCACGCACCGAUUAUCACGAUUCGACCAGUAAGAACUAAGAAACCAGAGGCUGAAAUUCAUAACCAACAGCACCAACAAGCGCAACGGUACAAACCCAUUUACCUGGAAGUGGAAGAAGAUAGACCUCCGGGUCACUUCAUAGCGACUGUCCUUUUGAGUGAUGAAGAUCAGGUCAGCGGAACAUCGGCCUUUCCUAGUGAGGGUACGGCGGCGUUCCAAUGCCAGCUAAGUCAUGACAGCCUUUCCCUUGAGCCACUGUUUGAGGGUUCCCAAAGCCAAUUUAAACUGGUCACAAGGGUCUCCUUCGAUCGGGAACAGUUGGGAGAGCUUUUUGUAGCUCUAACUUGUCAUGACUCUGGACAACCUCGCCAGACCUCACGCGUGGAUAUCAAACUUCUAAUCCUUGAUAAAAAUGAUAAUAAACCUGUAUUCAAGCAUCACCCUAUGGUUGCUAGUGUAAAAGAAAAUUCGCUCGUUGGUGUAAAUGUCUACCGACUGGAAGCUUUCGAUGCAGACGUCGGAAAGAACGCAGCUCUAGUUUACUCCAUAAGUGGAGAAGGUGCGGACAAUUUCAAAGUGGAUCGGCACUCGGGGUUAGUGACAACGGCUACAACUAUUGACAGAGAAAUGGUCGGAAGAUUCAAUUUGAUGGUAGUCGUUAGUGACCGCAAUGGCAACGAUACGGGUUCUGGUGAACCUAUCAACGAGGGGACUGCAAUGCUAACAGUGGAAGUGCUUGAUGAAAACGACUGUGCUCCCGAAUUUGACAAACCACUCUAUCAAUUUCUUAUCGACGAAAACGCAAAGAUAAAUACCCCGAUUGGAGAGGUCAAGGCACGCGAUAAUGAUGCCACAGCAGAAAAUAAUAGGGUUCGUUACCAUAUUUCAAGCUUUGUGCAGUGA